AUGGCAUCACUUAGUUUUCCAAUUUCCAUAUCCAUAUUGUUGUUGCUGAUCAUCUCCACCUCCACAACCAUCGCUGCAGCUUCUUCACGUUCAGGCCGCCCGAGCAAGCGAAACGGCAGCAGCACUGACCUCGCUGCGCUGCUGGCUUUCAAGGCGCAGCUCUCCGACCCUGCCGGCAUCCUCGGCGGCAACUGGACCGCCACCACGUCGUUCUGCAAAUGGGUGGGCGUAUCCUGCGGUGGUCGCCAAAGGCAGCGCGUGGCUGCCAUCGAGCUGGCAGACGUCCCUCUCCAUGGAGCGCUCAGCCCGCACCUCGGUAACCUCUCUUUCCUCUCCGUGCUCAACCUCACCAACGCCAGCCUCGCCGGCGCAAUCCCAGGCGAGAUCGGCAGGCUGCGUCGCCUCAAGCUCCUCGAUCUCGGCCACAACGCCCUGUCCGGUGGCGUCCCGGCCGCCAUAGGCAACCUCACCAUGCUCCAGCUCGUUCACCUCCAGUUCAACCACCUCUCCGGCCCGAUCCCACCGGAGCUCCGGCGCCUGCGUGAGCUCCGCGCCAUGAACGUCCAGAGAAACUACCUCACUGGCUCCAUACCGAACGACUUGUUCAACAACACUCCCCUGCUGACUCACCGACGACAUGGGCAACAACAGCCUUUCAGGGCCGAUACCACGUUGCAUCGGCUCGUUGCCACUGCUGCAAUACCUCAGCUUGCAGCUUGCCGGCGCCUCCAAAGCCUCUACCUGUCCGUGAAUUCGUUUCAGGGCGUCGUCCCUGCAUGGCUCGGCGAGCUGACGGCUGUCCAAGUCAUCAGCCUGUAUGAGAAUCACUUCGACGCAGCUCCAAUCCCAGCUGCACUCAGCAACCUCACCAUGCUACGUCUGCUAGACCUCCAAUCAUGUAACCUUACAGGACCCAUUCCACCAGAGCUUGGGCAGCUACGCCAACUUUCAGUGUUGAAUCUUUACAGCAACCUACUGACUGGACCUGUUCCUGCUUCUCUCGGUAACCUGUCUAACAUGAUUUACCUGGAACUGGAACAAAACAUGUUGGAUGGACCGUUGCCUAUGACGAUCGGUGACAUGAACUCGCUGACGGAACUUCUACUCGCAGAAAACCACCUGCAAGGGGAUCUCAAAUUCCUGUCUGUUCUUUCAAAAUGUAGUAUGCUUUCAGCACUUCAAUUCCACACGAAUCAUUUCACCGGGACCCUCGUCCCGGACCACGUUGGGAACCUUUCAAGCUAUCUGCAAGUUUUCGAUGCAUCCGACAACAUGAUUGCUGGUGGUCUUCCGGCUACGGUUUCUAACUUGACUGGUCUUGAGAUUCUAGAUCUCGCAAGAAACCAGCUUCAGAACCCAGUUCCAGAACCAAUCAUGAUGAUGGACAGUAUCCAGUGGCUUGAUCUCAGUGGAAAUAGGCUGUCUGGCACCAUUCCCUCGAAUGCUGCAAUCCUGAAGAAUGUUGAAAUCAUAUACCUUGACAGCAACCAAUUUUCUGGCUCCAUUCCUAGCGGCAUCGGUAAUCUCACCAAACUAGAGAUCCUAAUAUUAUGUGAUAACCAGUUCACAUCUACCAUACCACCGAGCUUGUUUCGUCUUGAUAGGCUCCUCGGAAUAGAUCUGUCUCAAAACUUGUUAAGUGGUGCAUUACCAAUUAAUAUAAGUUUGAAGCAAAUGAACAUGAUGGAUUUGUCUACCAACCACUUAGUUGGUAGCCUGCCAGAUUCACUUGGGCAGCUUCAGAUGAUGAGCUACCUGAACCUAUCACUCAAUUCGUUUCAUGACCCGAUCCCACCCUCUUUUGAGAAGCUGACAAGCUUGCAAACUUUGGACCUGUCCCAUAACAAUAUCUCCGGAGCCAUCCCAAAGUACCUGGCUAACUUUACCAUACUCACUAGUUUGAAUUUGUCCUUCAAUAAGCUUCAAGGUCACAUACCAGAAGGAGGUGUCUUCUCAAAUAUCACGCGGCGAUCCUUGGAGGGGAACCCAGGGCUAUGUGGCGCUUUACGCUUAGGGUUUUCUCCAUGCCCAAGCAAAACAUUUACUCAUCGGGGCUAUGCUCACAUUCUAAAAUAUUUACUCCCCACAAUCAUCAUAUCUGUUGGAGCUGUAGCUUUCUGCCUAUGUGUAAUGCUUAAGAAAGUUAAGAAGCGUCAAGGGAAUUCUGCUGGUAUGGUUGACAUGGUUAAUCAUCAAUUAGUCUCCUACCAUGAACUCGCUCGUGCUACCGAAAAUUUCAGUGAUGCUAACAUGUUGGGGUCUGGAAGCUUUGGGAAAGUUUUUAAGGGCCAGCUGAGCAAUGGUCUGGUGGUUGCCAUAAAAGUUAUACACAUGCAUAUGGAACAAGCUAUUGCAAGGUUUGAUGCAGAGUGUUGUGUGCUUCGAAUGGCUCGACAUCGCAACCUGAUAAAGAUAUUGAACACCUGCUCCAAUCUAGACUUCAGAGCACUGGUGCUUGAGUACAUGCCCAAUGGGAGCUUAGAGGAGCUCUUACACUCUAACGGAAGAAUACAAUUGCAGUUCAUAGAGAGGCUAGACAUCAUGCUACAUGUGUCGAUGGCAAUGGAGUAUCUACACCAUGAGCAUUGCGAGGUGGUCCUACACUGCGACUUGAAGCCUAGCAACGUGCUAUUUGAUGAGGACAUGACUGCGCAUGUGGCGGAUUUUGGCAUUGCAAGGAUUUUGCUUGGUGAUGAAAAUUCCAUGAUCUCCGCAAACAUGCCUGGAACAAUUGGAUACAUGGCACCAGAGUAUGGCUCUGUUGGAAAAGCUUCACGGAAGAGCGACGUGUUUAGCUAUGGGAUCAUGCUCCUUGAAGUCUUUACUGGGAAGAGACCCACAGAUGCUAUGUUUGUUGGUGAACUGAGCCUCAGGCAUUGGGUCCAUCAGGCAUUUCCUGAAGGGCUUGUCCAGGUCGUGGAUGGUCGUAUUCUACUUGAUGAUGCUUCUGCUACCAGCAGCCUGAAUGGCUUUCUUGUGGCAGUGAUGGAGCUGGGUUUGCUCUGCUCAGCUGACUCGCCGGAGCAAAGAAUGACAAUGAAGGAUGUGGUGGUGACACUAAAGAAGGUCAGGAAGGAUUACAUCAAGAUGGUCGCAAUGAAGCCGAGUGCCAUCCAGCGCCCAGCAGUGAUCGAUUAG